AUGCGCUCUGCCGUCCCAGUCCUCCUUUCUCUCGCCGCCUUCGUCCCCAUGGCGCGCGCACACAUCGCGUUCUGGCACAACUCCAUGUACGGCUUCAAUGUCACCCAGCAGGAUUUCGACUACGACAACCGCCCAGUAACCCCCUUCAUCAACUACUCGUUCCAACAAUGGUGGUUCCACAACCAUCUUUCUUACCCCCCUGAGCCGGGCGCAGUCUUCAAUUUGCCCGCCGGUCAGGCAGUGAACGCCGAACUCUCCUGCGACAAGGGUGCCACCUCCUGGUACGCGUCCUCCCAAGGCGGACUGGCUGGCUAUCCCACCAAUUGGCCUUGCCCUGGGCAGGCGUCCUCCGAGUUCCACACGCUCAAUAUCAACGACACGCGCGGAUGCGCUCUGGCCAUUGCCUACAAGCCUAACGCGACAGACGUCCAGCCCGAUGACUUUGUCGUUUUUAGCGUCAACCACACAUGCGUCUGGGACCUGAAUACCGCCUUCCAGGUGCCUGCCGGGAUGCCUCCCUGUCCCGAGGGUAAAUGUACAUGUGCUUGGUUCUGGAUCCACUCGGCAGAUAGCGGUGCUGAGCAGAACUACAUGAACGGAUUCAGCUGCAACGUUACUGAUACCACCAGCACAACCCCGAUUGGCAAGCCCAUGCUUCCCAGGCGCUGCGGAGAGGACCCAGACUUUGACGAGGCGGCGAACCCAGGCAACUGCACGAUCGGGCCCAAGUACCCUAUGUACUGGUACCAAGCAGAGGGUAACAACAUGUUUGAGGGCACGUACAUGCCUCCCGCAUACAACAGCAUUUACGGCUUCAAAGACGGCGCGCAGGACGAUAUCUUCCAGGACGCAUACGUCUCCUCGCUCGGCUCGAGCAGCGCUGGUAUCUACCCCAGCGCGACGCCCGUCUCGAAGCGCGCCGAUGGCGAGGACGUCGAUGCAUCGCUUCCGCCACCGGUCACGACCCCCGCGCCGCUGCCCACGCCAGUGCCGGCGGAGCACGCGCGGAUGCACAAACAUCACAAGCGCCUCACGCACCGAGAUUGA